UAUGCAUUUGGGUUUCUGUGUGUUUGUACAUUUAUGUUGUUGCUCCGUGAUCAGGAAGUGAUGAGAUGUGUUUUGGAACAUGAGCAUUAUUUGCCGAAUUUGGAACCGCCCCUUUAUUCUCUGGAGUUUUUAAACAGGAUUCCAUCAGUAAGUCCCAAGGGCCUAUUUCGAAAAUUGGCAAAUGGUUUUUCUUACAGACGAUUCUGCCAAGCUGUGACUGAAGCCUGUUCCACUUGUUCGAACGUACAACGAAUUGACUUCAAAAAAGAAAAUGAAACCAAUUCAUGUGCUUUUCUGGUUGACUAUAUGGAGAUGUAUUGAUGCACUGGAAAAUGGGUGCCCUCGCCUUCCAGUCGUUGAGAAUGCUGACGUUCUGGAUAGCUCUUUAAAAACCAAUUACACCGAUGGAGACUUGAUUCACUUCACUUGCAGAGUUGGAUAUGUAUCUAGCAGGAAAAUUACCUACAAAUGUAACGAUCGGCGCUGGACAAUAAACCGCCAGACCAAAUGUUCACCAAAGCAAUGUGAACUUCCCGAGGACAUUGUCAAUGGUUACUACAGCCUCGUGAAUGGUACAGACUUUGUGUUUGGUACGGUUAUUAAAUACACCUGCAACGAAGGCUACAUGCUGGUGGGCAGAUCUAACACACGACUAUGUAUGUCAGAGGGAUGGAGUGACCGUGUACCCAGCUGUGAAGUGGUGAAAUGUUUGGCUGAAUUAAACAAUGACAAUAUGAUUGUUACCGGACUCGGAGAUGAUAUUUCCGUUAGCUACGGACACGUUCUACAUUUCAAAUGCGCGUCCUCAGACCUGACAUUGAAUGGGGAGCCAGAGGUUACCUGCCUAUCAAAUGGGAAAUGGAGCAGCUCAUUUCCUACAUGUGGAGGAAAAAUACAUGCCCCGACCCACCGUCCACCCCAGCCGAAACCACAACCAUGGUUUUCUUGUGGAUCCCCACCAUUAAUUCCAUUUGCCGAUAUUAAAGGUUCGCGAAAAGAUGCAUAUAGGCACAACGAGAAGGUUGAAUAUCAGUGCAUGAGCUCCUAUAAAAUUUCUGGCCCAAGCUCCAUAAGAUGCGAUAACGGACAAUGGAAGGACCCUCCAAAAUGCCUUCAACCAUGUACAGUAACAAUGGAAGAAAUGGAGCGACAAGGAAUUCAGCUCAAAUAUGGACCACAAAGGAAGCUUUACGUAAAACAUGAAGAUCGUGUUCAGUUCAUAUGCCGAUAUGGGAAAAGCCCAGCUGAUAAAACAUUUAUCGAAUAUUGCAAUGAUGGCACAAUGAGCAUUCCAUCUUGUAGUUAAGAACUAUGCACAUGCAUAGGUUUACAUAAAGUCCCAAUAAAGUCAAUGACUUUUCUCAGUGUGGUCCUCUUACGGAAUCAACAACAGUGAGACAGACAUGACUAAUUGAACAGUGCACAAACAAAUCACAUAAUUAAAGUAGAAUUAUUCCGAAUCAUAAUCCAAAAUAUUUCCAUUACAAAAAUACAUUUAAAGAAUGAAAGGAAGGUUCAUUGAAAAAUGGCUACUUAAAAUCAUUUUGAAUUGAACAUAUCUUGUGUGCUGUGUCCCUGUGCAUUUACCUGCUGAAGCCCUAAAGCAGGUACACUUCAAUACUUGUUUUACUGCAACUACUUCUAUAGUAAUAUCUCUUGGUUGUAAUUAUGUGUACUAACCCAAGCUGGAUGAGAUCCACCAUUCUUUAACUAGUAGUUAGCCCUGGUCUUUGAAGUUCAGAGGACCAAAGCCGCUACCUGGUGGUAGAUAAUUAGCUUAUAAUUUUAAAUCCUCAUGAGCUUAUUUUGUAAUGUCAUGAGAGAGAGAUUGAAAGGCACUAACAGUUCAGAUGGUCAAUGGAUAACCAAUGUCAAUACAAAUAUUUGAGUUUGAACUAACAAUUAACUUGAAAUAUUGCACAAUGUUGAAAUACUGAUCAAGCACAAAUAAAACAUUCCUGGAUUUUA